CCCCCCUCGGUCUGCGUUAUGGUGAACUGGGGCAGUCACGUGUGAACAUCUCUCCGGCGAAGUGUGCGAGCGAGCGAGCGAGCGGACGGCGACUUCUCACCUGGCGACUCUUCCCCUUCGACUUCUUCUUCUUCUGCUUCUUUUUUUUUUUUUUUUUUUUUUUUUUUCGUUGGGUUGAAAACCGUGAGGGAAAUAUAUACCUGCCGUGGUUUUUUUUUUUUUUCUUUCCCUCUCCUCCCCACCGCCCUCUCCUCCUCUGUGUUAUAGCCGACGUCGCUGGACUCCAUCCAUUCCCGUGACGGACAACGGCAGCAAGUUCUCUCCCUCGGGGAUGAAAUAUGCACAUGCACGCUCUGCGACCGUAGAAGAAGGCAGACGUCACACACAUUAAAGUCCAACGUGGUUUUAAAUCAUGAUGAUGCAGGAGUCGGCCACAGAGACAAUAAGCAACAGUUCAAUGAGUCAAAAUGGAAUGAGCACCCUAAGCAGCAGCCAAUUAGAGGCUGGCAGUAGAGAUGGGAGAUCAAGCGCUGGUGACACGAGCAGCGAAGUAAGCACAGUCGAGCUGCUGCAUCUGCAACAACAGCAGGCCAUACAAGCAGCGAGGCAAUUACUCUUGCAGCAGCCAGGCAGUGGCCUGAAAUCUCCAAAGAGCCAGGACAAGCAGCGUCCACUGCAGGUUCCAGUGUCGGUGGCCAUGAUGAGUCCCCAGGUGAUCACGCCGCAACAGAUGCAGCAGAUCCUCCAGCAGCAGGUGCUCUCCCCCCAGCAGCUCCAGGCCCUGCUCCAGCAGCAGCAGGCAGUUAUGCUACAGCAGCAACACCUGCAGGAGUUUUAUAAGAAGCAACAGGAGCAGCUUCAUCUGCAGCUUCUCCAGCAGCAACACCCUGGCAAACAGGUUAAAGAGCAACAGCAGCAGCAGCAGCAGCAUCAGCAGCAGCAGCAGCUGGCCGCCCAGCAGCUCGUCUUCCAGCAGCAGCUCCUGCAGAUGCAGCAGCUCCAGCAGCAGCAGCACCUGCUCAACAUGCAGCGGCAGGGCCUGCUCACUCUGCCCGGGCCCGCCCCCGGCCAGGCCGCCCUGCCCGGACAGACCCUGCCCCAGCAAGCCGGCCUGAGCCCGGCUGAGCUCCAGCAGUUGUGGAAGGACGUGACCGGAGGCGGCGGCGGUCACAACAUGGAGGACAACGGCAUCAAGCACGGCGGCGGCGGCGGCACUGGUACCGGCGGGGGUGGCGGCGGCGGCGGUCUAGACCUCUCCACCAACAACUCCUCUUCAACUACCUCCUCCUCCAAUCCCGCCAAAGCAUCGCCGCCCAUCUCGCACCACUCCAUCGCCAACGGACAGUCGCCCGCCCUCAACCACAGAAGAGAGCGGGAGCGCGAGCGGGAGAGGGAGCGAGAGAGUUCACUACAUGAAGAAAGUGGAGGGACCCACCCCCUGUACGGCCACGGUGUGUGUAAGUGGCCCGGCUGCGAGAACAUCUGCGAGGACUUUGGACAGUUUUUGAAGCAUCUAAACAAUGAACAUGCCCUCGAUGACCGGAGCACAGCUCAGUGUCGAGUCCAGAUGCAGGUCGUACAGCAGCUGGAAAUACAGCUUUCUAAAGAACGUGAGCGUCUUCAGGCGAUGAUGACCCACUUGCACAUGCGGCCCUCGGAACCUAAGUCAUCUCCCAAACCACUCAACUUGGUGUCCAGCGUCACCAUGUCCAAGAACUUGCCCUCGGCAUCGCCCCCCAACUUACCUCAGACGCCCACCACGCCCACGGCGCCCAUCACGCCCAUGGCCGCCAUGCCCCAGGUGCCGUCGGUACUGGGCGGAGCCAACGUCCCCAGCAUGGGGGCCAUGCGCCGACGCCACUCGGACAAAUACUCCAUGCCUCUGUCUUCAGGUGGUGACACAGUAUUUAUUUUUCCAGAGAUCGCCCCAAACUACGAGUUUUAUAAGAACGCAGAUGUCAGACCGCCAUUUACUUAUGCAACCCUCAUAAGACAGGCUAUCAUGGACUCUGCCGACAUGCAGUUAACGCUUAAUGAAAUCUACAGCUGGUUCACUCGCACGUUCGCCUACUUCAGACGCAACGCCGCAACUUGGAAGAACGCCGUUCGCCACAACCUCAGCCUGCACAAGUGCUUUGUGCGCGUGGAGAACGUGAAGGGGGCGGUGUGGACGGUGGACGAGGUGGAGUACCAGAAACGCAGAUCGCAGAAGAUCACAGGAAGCCCAUCACUUGUCAAGAACUUGCCCUCCAGUCUUGGCUAUGGAACUGCACUAAACGCAAGCUUACAGGCUGCCCUGGCAGAGACCUCCCUGCCGCUGCUGGGGACCCCCGGCCUCAUGAACAGCGGCUCCACGGGCCCGAUGGGCGGCAGCUGCCACGGCCUCCUCGGCGGAGACCCGUCCGGGCUGACGGGCGGAAGUCCGCCCGGACUGUUAGGCGGCAGCCCGCCGGGCCUGCUGGGCGGCAGCCCCCCAGGUACGCUGAGCGGCAGCCCCCCCACCCUGUUGCAGUCCGCCCACGAGGAGCUCAACGGCUCGCUCGACCACCUGGACACCAACGGACACAGCAGCCCCGGAUACUCCCCACCAGUACACAUGUGUUUUCCAGUUACUUUUAAUUUUUCACAUGACAAACUUAAGUGGCCGCCCGUUCACGUGAAGGAGGAGCCGCUCAACAUGGACGACGACGACUGUCCGAUGUCACUGGUGACGACGGCCAAUCACAGUCCGGAGCUGGAGGAGGACCGGGAGCUGGAGGAAGGGAACUUAUCAGAAGACCUCGAGUGACUAGGAUACCGUUUCUGGCCGACCGUGUCCCUGCACCCAGCCGCACUGUUUCUCUCACACAGACCUCCCGCAAGACUACAAACCACCCCACAGUCCAAACAAACACAGCUGACUCUCCCUCCGUCUCUAUCACCACUGGGACUAUUUAUUGAGCAUGCAUCCGGAUGGAGACCGGCCCAAAGGAACUCUUUGUUGCAGCCCUUUGGGAUCCCCAAACACGACAGGCGUGAGUUGUCCGGUUAAAAAAAGAAAAAUGAACUCUCCGAGACCUGUUUCAUUAGAGAUGGCGUGGCCACAUACAGUACAAGGAUGAUGGACUCAUGGAUGGAGGGAGUAAAAACACCUGAAACACAAUGAGCAAGUCAUGUUCCGUUGCAAGCUCGCGGCCUCAUAUACUGCCAAAAAGGAAGACAUUUUAUGUUUGUGAAUAAUCCAACCCCACAGUAGUUGUUAAUGUCUAGAGACAAUUGCUGGUUCAAUUCAAGUUGUUGCUCUGUUAUCAUUUGCACAGGAGUAGUCUCAGAAAUGUGUGUCACUGCCUGUAUGUCGCUACUAUAAUAAAAAAAACAGUAUAUUGUUUUCAGCUAUUUUUUUUUAAAUUUUUAUUUUUACCAUCAUUAAUUUUCCAAAUAUGAUUUUAGACGCCACCAACUGUAAAUGCCAUUCCCUGAAUUACACCAGUAACGGAGCUGCGGUACCAAGACUGUUGUUGCAGCUGUCCAAAAGAAAAAGAAAAAAAAACAGGAAAAGGAAGAAAAAAAAACGAGAAAAAGAAAAAAAGUUGGCUUCCAGUCUAUUAUCCGUUUGUGAUUGAAAGUGGUUUGAAAAAAAACCUGGAAAUUAGGUUGGGGGGGAAUAAUAGUUUGUGUAAAGCACCAUUUCACGAAAAAACAAAUGCAUUUCUGCAUCAUUUUCUUCUUGCCGUUCUCCUUACCUCCUCGUUCUAAAGCUUUGUCUACCUGCAAACAGUCACAGGCAACAGCUAGAAACCAAAGCCAACAAUGGCCAAUAGCUUAUUGACAGAAGCCGCCAAACUCCUCUUGGUCCCGCCUUCUGCGGCUUUAAACUAGUACAAAGAGAAGCUUUUGUUUCCGCAAACUACCUUCAAACAACCUCUGGGAACCGUUUCAUUUUGCCCCACACAAAGAUGAUCGAGAGGAGAGAAAAGAAAAAGCGAGAUGGGGGGGGGAUGAACGCUGAUUUUCUUAUGUAAUUUGAUGAUUUCAUAGAGCGUUCCACUUUGGAGAUUUUCUGCCGGACAUACUGUGGGUAAAAUACGGUGAUGUGAUAUUUGAUCCGCGGGCAUUUUGUGCCGGUGAUUUGACUGGUAGAGAGCAGCUAACUGUAAAAGUGGAUCAUGACCAAAACAAAAACAUUUGUGUAUUCAAUGGACGUGCAGAAACAUUGUGUUGUUGUGAAGUUUUUUUGUUGUUUUUUUUUUGUUCACUUUUUGUUCAGCUUUACACAUCAAACUUCAUUGCUUUGUUUUUUUUUUCCUUCUGUUUGUUUUGUUUUUUUUUAAUUACCAUUUGAUUUCUAACCUGGUGAAUAUGUAAUGUUCUGAGUGGGACUGUCAAAAAAUAAUGUCAUGUCUUAUUUCCGUGGCGGUUUUGCUCCUAGCCGCGUCGAAACCGAAACUGAAAACGUUGCGAACCAAACAUUAAAGAAUAUCUAGUGAAGCCAAAUAAGUCAUAUUUCAAGUUGAUAUGAAAUGAUGCGGCUCGGUUACCGUGUAAAAGCAAAUAAUAAUAGCCAUUGCAGAAGAGGAUAUCUAAGGUGAAAGGGUAACCUUUUCUAGGUGAUAUUUGCUUUAACCUCAUCAACCAUCAGAUACUCAUUGUGUGGUUCAUAGCUUCUAAACUAUAUGGAUACGACUGGCGUUGGCGCGGGUGGAUUCCGUAUAAGGUGGCCAGCUUUUUAUAACACACUUGGUAUUUAUAGACACUAAAGACAAGUAGUUGUCGUGGAGACUACGUCCCGUCAUUUCCCUCGCAGCCAAUGUCAUCUAGAAAAGUGUUCUUGCUUUAAUGGUCAUUUCUGUUUUCAGUAAACCAAAGUUACACAAAAUUCUGCCUCCUCUUGUAUGGGAUAAAGAAAUGCUAAAACGAACCACACACGCGACCUGUUGGAAGACUUAAUAUACAUGUAAGCGAAAAAAACAUACGCAGAUCCCCCAACCGCCCACCCACCCACCCACCCUCGAGCUUUUGGUCUGCCAACUUUCUUGUUUCGGUUAAAUCUCCAGCUGCAGAGAAAUGUAUGCUGUCAAAGAACCGACGAGUGGCUUUGUAUCGUGCUGUAAUGAGCAAACGCGUCUGCCUGCUUUGACCAAAAUGGAAACACACUGUGCAUAUGUUGUUUUCAAGUGUUGUGCCGAGCCAAGAAAUUGGCUGCAAGAGCUUAACACGCAGACACGUGCAGUACUGUACACACACACACACACACACACAUACACACAGCAAAUAAAGUAUACGCUCACAUAAGCGCGCACACACACACACACAUACCAGUUCCACGUCAAGAGGGUGCUGGGCCCAGGAACAAAGCUUAUCCCUUCAAUACUUAGCUGGAGUCAGCAAAAACGACUUGAAGACUAACGUUCUUAAUAAUCUUAUCACACCAAAUAAAAGGGACGCUGCGUCUUUCAAAAGAAAAAAGAAAAAAAAAAAGGGUUCUCCCACUUACCCAAAAAGGCUUUCUAAAAGCUUCUACCUCUGCACAACAAAAAUUCAGAACAAUUAUGACAGAUUGCACGAGUUAUUGGAGACGCCGCAAGAGCUGUUACACUUUACUGCGCUUGUCUCACAGGACGUGGCUCAAACCCAACGUUUACAUUCCCUGCGUCGAGAUAUGGAAGAUUUGCAUUGUAAUAGGUUGUCCUCAAACAUUUGUAGAAUGAUAAUGUAUAGAUUACCUGUAAGGGAAUAUUGUGUUUAAAAAAAAUGCAUGUCUAAAAAAAAAAAUCAUUUGGUGGACUGGAAACAAGAACGAAUUAAAAGAAUAUAAUAAAAAUCAUCGGGACGAUGGCCUAAAUGUACGUACAUUACCUCAGAUAUACUGUUUUGGGAAGGAUAAAACCUGUCAGCCACAGAAUGCAUAUUACCUGUAGAUUUGCAUGGGUUUUGUAUAAAUUAAGUUAAAAAAAAAAAUGUCUAAAAUAGUUGCUUGCACAUAAUACCAGAAAGACCUCCAGAACUGCGAUCUGCUCCUCCACUAGAUUUUAGGAUUGUCUGGAUUUUCUGGGUUGAUUUUGUCUGUAUUUUGAUAACUGUGCAUACUUAUGUAAAAAAAAAUAAUGUUGGUGGACCCAUAAAUUUACCAGACUUUUUUCUAAGAGGAAAAAAAAAUCUCAGUGUUUCUUUUCUGACUUACCUGAAUUUUUACUGUUUCUCUCUCAUUGCUCGCUAUGAAUAGCAAACCUGCUUUUUCUGCAUCUGCUUUGCGUAGCUGUAAGGCUUAACCUAAUGUGUGUAUUUAUUGCUUGUACCUCUGUGCAUACUUUAUGAAGCAUUAUGUCUGGCAGUUGAGUCAUGUAUCCUUUCUACUGCUAUCCUUCUCUAAUAAUUGGGAAUAUGAUCCCCGUAUGUAUACAGUAAAUUGGGACUGUAGCAAACAUAUGUUUAUGUAAUUGGUGAAAACUUUUUUUUUUCCUUCCCAGUUUGUUUAAUUUCCUAACGAUCGAGAUUCAACUCCUUUUUUUAAAAAUACUUUUCAUUACUGUGUACUGUGUCCAUACGUUAAAAAGGUUCUCUGACAUUAGACGGUCAUGGUGGAGAAUUGUAACAAACGUUAUUAUUUUCUGUAUUCAUGGCAUUUCACUGCUGAAUAAAAUAAAGGACCAAAACUUGGAAUUUGAAAAACAA